UGUCUGAUUGGAUGUCUAUCUCUCUCUCUCUCCUUAUCUGUGUUCUUCCAAUGGGGAUUCUAAUUUCUGUUGACUUUGUGAAGACUCUGAAACUGCAUUGAAUUGCCACUGAUUCUUUGCAAAAUCAGUAAAAACGAGGGAGAAAAUCAGAAUUAUCGAACCGAUUUGAUUCGAUUUUGCUCCGGUUUAGCUGAGAAUUCUGACUUGAGUUGGUUGCUAGCUUAUGCCUCAGAAGGGUAUUGUUUGUUGUAAUGUGUUAGGUAAUGAUGAUUUGUGUGCAGGUACGAGGAAGGAAACAGUUCUGAGAGAAGAUAAUUGUUUUCACUUUCAUGGGUUGGUUCAGCAAGAUUUUUGGGAAUUCCGAUUCCGACCAUACAGUUUCCGAGGGGCAUUUCCAUGGAAGCGGAAGCUACGGGACUAUUUCAAAUUACACUGAUCCGUCCACCUCAGGGGAUGCUUUGUCAGACUACGAGAAUGAAGACAUCGAUCGAGCAAUCGCAUUAUCUCUAUUGGAACAAAGUCAGAACAGAGGAAAUGCAGUAGACGAUGAAUCUCAGUUGGAAGAAGAAGAGCAGCUCGCUCGAGCUAUACAGGAAAGCUUGAAAAUCAAGUCUUCCCCACCUGGCAAAAAUAGACCGUCCCAUAGUCCUCCUCAGUACAGAGAUGGGUAUUCUCCUCAAGGGUACAAUAAUGGUUAUUCAGCUACAGAAUAUGGAAAUGAGACCGCGUACCAACCUGUGCCCAUCUACUACCCAUAUCCAGCAGGCUACAGGAUAUGUGCGGGUUGCAACACUGUGAUAGAUCACGGGCGGUUUCUAAGCAGCAUGAAUUCUGUUUGGCAUCCUGAAUGUUUCCGAUGCCAUGCUUGCAACCUUGCCAUUUCAGAAUAUGAGUUCUCUACCUACGACAACUAUCCGUUUCAUAAGUAUUGCUACAAGGAGCACUACCAUCCCAAAUGUGACAUAUGCAAGCAUUUUAUCCCGACCAACUCUAAUGGACAAAUUGAGUACAGGGCACACCCCUUUUGGGCUCAAAAGUAUUGCCCUUGCCAUGAGGACGACGGAACUCCUCGAUGCUGCAGCUGUGAGAGAAUGGAGCCAAGAGAUACUAGAUAUGUUGCUCUGAAUGAUGGUCGAGAGCUGUGUCUAGAGUGUCUCGAUUCGGCAAUAAGGGACACGAACGAAUGCCAACCGCUUUACCGGGAUAUAAAGCGAUUCUAUGAAGGUCUGGAUAUGAAAGUUGAGCAGGAUGUUCCCCUGCUCUUAGUCGAACGACAAGCUCUGAAUGAAGCCCGAGAAGGAGAGAAGAACCAGGGUCACUAUCAUAUGCCUGAGACCCGGGGACUUUGCCUCUCUGAGGAACAAACAAUCAGCACGAUCUCAAGACAACCGAGAAUCUGGGGAGACCAAACCGCUGAUGUGGUAACCGAGCCUUACAGAUUAACACGCCAUUGCGAAGUGACUGCAAUCCUCAUAUUGCACGGCCUGCCGAGAUUGCUAACUGGAACAAUCCUAGCUCACGAGAUGAUGCAUGCGUGGCUUCGGCUUAAAGGUUACCCUACUCUACGCCAGGAUGUCGAAGAAGGCAUAUGUCAGGUGCUUGCUCACAUGUGGUUGGACUAUGAACUCAAUGAGUCCAGAACGAGAGCAUCGAAGAAGGGUAAGACUCAGAGAUCUCAGUUUGAUCAGAAGCUCGGGAACUUCUUUAAGCAUCAAGUGGAGUCGGACACUUCCCCAGUUUAUGGAGAUGGGUUCAGGGCCGGAUGGCAGGCUGUACAAAAGUACGGCCUGAACAGAACUCUCGACCACAUAAGUGUCACCGGAAACUUCCCUUAUUGAGAUUACGUGACAGCCUCAUUCUUUUUCUUUUUCUUCUUCCACAUCGGUUCAAUGUAUACGUUUCUGUAGUGAAAGCUUGAUUUUCAUGGCAAGGCAAAUGAUACGUGGUGAUCUUUUGGCAGCUGAUUAUUUGAGAUUAAGUGACAACUGAUCUUUGUGGAUGGCAAUUUAACAUAGUUACUGAUGAUGCA